AUGCUGGUACAAGAACUGAUGGAAAAUAAGGAGAUUGAAUUCUUUGAGUAUACCGAGCGCCCGAAGGGAGAAGAUGUGUGCACGUCAGAGCAAGGGCCAACCAACAAAGUCCAUGGGGUCAGUCACCCGGUCUUAAUUAUAUCCCGACCAAGAGUCAGUAAAGUCGGAGUACCAAUUGUACCAAAAUUCAUAAUCCAGAAGCCCGUUGCUUUCUCUUAUAAAGAUAGCAAGAGGGUGCCUUGGAACUAUGACUGCAACGUGACAACCCCGAGAAGGGAGAACCCAGCUGGCACUUCAGAGAAAGGUCAAGAUGAAGGUUUCUAUACACGCAGUGGAAGGCGUUAUACCCCGAACACGAAGGUGGAACCAGCUAAAGAAAAAUCCGUGGUUGUUGAACAAAGAAGGGAGAAGACAACUAGAUCGGAAUCACCUGUCAAUGAGCUUGUAACUGAAAAAGAGGCUAAGGAAUUCUUAAAGUUCCUGAAGCACAAUGAGUACAGCGUUGUGGAGCAAUUGCACAAACAGCCAGCUCGCAUAUCGGUACUAGCCUUGCUCUUGAGCUCAAAGACUCACCGCAGUGCAUUGAUGAAAGUUUUAAAUAAAACAUACGUUGCGGAUGAUAUCUCUGUCAACAAGCUCGAUCGUUUGGUCAAUAACAUUAGCUCUGAUAAUUUUAUUUUCUUUAAUGAUGAUGAAAUACCCCCGGGAGGUAUGGGAUCUACAAAGGCCUUGCAUAUCACCACUCGUUGCAAAGGGCAUACACUGCUGGGGGUACUAAUUGAUAAUGGAUCAGCGUUGAAUGUCCUACCUUUGUCCACAUUAAAUAGGUUGGCAGCGGAUAGCUCUCAUAUAAAGACAUGUCAAAACAUAGUGAGAGCAUUCGACGGUACUGAAAGAAAAGUGAUGGUAAAAAUUGAGAUACCUUUCUUGAUUGGCCCAAAUACAUAUGAUGUGGACUUCCUGGUAAUGGACAUCAAGCCAUCGUACAACUUCCUGUUGGGAAGGUCGUGGAUCCACUCAGCGGGAGUAGUGCCAUCGUCACUACACCAAAAAUUAAAGUUGGUAACUGAGGGUAGAUUGGUAACAAUAAACACGGAGGAAGACAUCAUUACAUUCGUUACCAGUGACGCACCGUACGUGGGUACGGACAAUGAGGAACAAGAUCCCAAUGCCCAAAAUAUUCAAAACUACGAGGAUGGGCCUGCAAUUGACAGUCGAGAAAGGAGCCCUGCCAGGGAGAGGACUUGGAAGAUGCCUCCAGGGAAGGAUCGCUUUGGCUUAGAAUUUAAGCCAGAUGCGAAGCAAAAGAAGAAAGAGCUGGAGAAAAAGCAAGAGAGAAGAAGAGCGCGUCUGCACAGAACUAUCCACCCCAAACAGGAAAUGACAAUGAAGAAAGUGGCAGAAGAAAUGUUGGGAAGUUUGAGCAUUAACGCCAUCUCCGAAGAAAGAACUGAAGAAGAGAAUUUAUCUGGAAUUUGCCCUUACAUCCCUGGAAGUGUUUUGAACAAUUGGACCGCAGAGGAGAUCCCUGUAACUUUCAGAAUUAACUCAGAGUAA